AGCUCAAUGGAACCAGAGUAUGAUCCUCCUGGAAACGUCAGCAACUGCAGCAGUGAUAACAAGACCAGCCAAGUUCUCUUUCCCUUGCUGUACACUUUUAUUUUCUUCAUAGGAAUCAUUAUGAACGGAUUGGCCUUGGGAGUGUUCUUCCAGAUUUCCAGCAAGUCUAAUUUUAUUGUCUUUCUUAAGAACACGGUGAUUUCUGAUAUUCUCAUGAUCCUGACAUUUCCAUUCAAAAUUCUCAGUGACGCAAGACUGGUCUCCUGGGAGUUGAGAGGGUUUGUUUGCAAGGUGUCCCAGGUCAUAUUUUAUUUCACCAUGUACAUCAGCAUUAUUUUCCUGGGCCUCAUAACUAUUGAUCGCUACUUGAAAACUGCCAAACCCUUCCAAUCAUCCACCACUGGCAAUGUGUUGGCUGCUAAGAUUCUGUCCAUAUUUAUCUGGAUAUUCAUGUUCUCUGUGUCACUACCAAACAUGAUUCUGACCAACAAGGAACCAACACAGGAGAUGGUGAAGAAAUGUGCUGAUCUGAAAUCUGAUUUUGGGUUAAUAUGGCAUGAAAUUGUUAACUAUGUUUGCCAGUUUAUUUUCUGGGUUAACUUUGCCAUCAUAAUCGUAUGCUAUACACUCAUAACACAAGAACUGUACAAAUCCUACAAAAGAACAAGAAGCAUGGGAAAGGCAAACAAGAAGACUGUGAAUAUCAAAGUUUUCAUCAUCAUUGGUGUGUUUUUCAUUUGCUUCGUGCCUUUCCAUUUCGCCAGAAUUCCUUACACCUUGAGCCAAACAAGAGAUGUUUUCAAAUGUUCCACUCAGAACACAUUGUUUUACAUAAAAGAGAGCACUUUAUGGCUGACUUCGCUGAAUGCCUGUCUAGAUCCAUUUAUAUACUUUGCCCUCUGUAAAUCCUUUAGAAAAUCACUUCAAAAGAUACUGCAUAAGUAUUUGAUUAAAACAAGGGGCGAUCAAAACAUAGAAACAAUGGAUGAUGAGGAAACACCGAUAUAG